GUCGUUGCCUAUAGCAACCGCGAUUAGGCACUGAAGCAGUUCUGUCAGUUCCGCCGCACCAAGCAACGCCUGCGAACAGACCACGGCUGCAGCAAGCAUCCGUUCGACGAGAAGCCACCAUGGUGGAUUGUCAGAAGCCGGGCUGCCAAGGCAAGCUGCAACCGAAAGGCGGGAUGGCAGUCUGUCCAAGCUGCCGCUCAGUCAACUGCUUGCAAUGCAACGCCAUCCACGAGGGAAUGGCGUGCAAGGCGUACAUGAGGAGCAUCUCGGCCGACGUCUCACCAGUUCAAACGUCGGCCAAUCGAGGGGCCCAGAAAUUGCACACCCAACAGUACGCCACACCACGUCCAUCAACUCCUGCAGCGACCCCAGGACCAUCGCAGAAGAAAACGGCGACACGUAUGGCAGAGCCUGCUGUUACGACGGAGAACGACAGUUCCGAAAUGUAUGUUAGCUGCAAGGUCGCAGAGUGUGAAGGCGCUGGUUACGUGGACAAGGACACCGCCAUGUUUCGUUGUCCGAUUUGCAACCACUACACAUGCGUGCAAUGCUCGGCUGUGCACGAAUCUAUGACCUGUGCAGAAUACCAGAGGAACAAGGACAACGUGUCAGUGCCCGUAUACAAGCCUGCUGCAUCUCCCGAGGAAGGAGACGAGGAUUCCGACGCCCAAGAGGAACAGCCCGAAGCCAACGGGGAUGCGGAAGGGAUAAUCGUGGAGUGUCGUCACGGAGGGUGCGCGGGUUACGCAUACGUAUUCAAGACGGCUACUACGGCUCAGUGCGAGCUAUGCAAGCACUGGACUUGCGUGGCAUGCAAAGCCUGUCACGAAUCGCAGACUUGUGCUCAGUACAAGGGCAUCGACGUUCCAAUGGAAACCGUGGCACGACAACCACCGGUGCCGGGCAGCGCAUCCCAGAUACCUGCGAGCCGCAGGACAGAAAAGCAUAAGGAAGAAAAUGGCGCUGACAACAGUGGAAGUGGUUUCGUUUCAGCAGCAACAAGCAAGUUUAAGAGUUGGUUAAGUAGUAAAUUCGCUGACGCACAGAGCGAGCCAAAGGGCGCAGGAGCUGCGGGGGACGAUUGUUCCAUGGAUUACAGCGCUGCGAAAUCUCCACAUUACAGAGACCGCAAAAAAGUGCAGGAAAAUACUUGCGACGCUUGCAAACGUUCCGAGACUCUUCUUGUUGCUGAAGGAUGCGAGCACAAUUUAUGCAGAAAAUGCAUCCGGAUGGCCGUGGAAAAACGCACAGUCUGCGAAAUUGUGGCAUGUCCUGCAAAAGUGUCGUAUCAGCAGCAUCAGUGUACAGGUGUUCUUAAAGAACACGAAUACAAAGAUCACGUUUCCCGAGAAACGCUCCAGUACAUGAGAAGGAAGAGUAACUGGUUUCCCGCUGAAUGUUUCAACAAGAAAUGUCCCACUCAAAGGGAGAAAAUUCCUUUUGGUGCAAGGAAAGGAAUAGAUUUUUACGUCUGUCCAUUUUGCGGAAGACGGAACUGCUGGACGUGCCGUGCAGUUCACGACGGCAUGACGUGCGAGCAGUACCUGAGGAAACUUGUGGACGACAUGGACGCUGGGAAGCUCGAAGACCCCCGCGAGAAGGAAAAGCGAUUGCUGGAGCACAUCGCUGCUUACGAGCAAGACGUUGUGUCCACAUCCCAGGAAUUUGAAUGUGCCAUCUGUGUCGUGGAAGUAGAACCCGGCAAGGGGAUUAUUCUCAAGAACUGUCACCACAAGGUGUGCGGAGAAUGCCUGGCCAACACUGCCAAGAACUCCCCAACAGCUGAAGUUCAAUGCCCCUGCUUCGAUGACCAAGUACCCUGCCAGAUGACUGUUUUUGACAGCGACCUCAGGGCGUGCCUGUCGAAGGACGACUACGACGCACUGCAGGACAGGAGCCUGCGCGAGGCUGAGAACAAAAGCAAAGAGCCGGCGUUCCAUUGCAAGACGCCCGACUGCCGGGGCUGGUGUUUGCACGACCGCGACGUCGAGCUCUUCCAGUGCCCCGUGUGCGGCAAGGAGAAUUGCCUCCGCUGCGAGGCUAUUCACGAGGGCAUGAAAUGCGCCCAAUAUCAGGAAGACUUGAAGAUCAGGGCCCAGAAUGACGCAGCGGCCAAGGCCUCGCUCAACUUUCUCGAGGAAAUGCUCAAAACCCAGCAAGCGAUGCGAUGCCCUCAGUGCCGCGUUGUCAUCAUCAAACGGUCCGGGUGUGAUUUCAUGGUGUGCACCUCAUGCCAGACUCAGUUGUGUUGGGCCACCAGAGGAGCUCGAUGGGGCCCGAAUGGUGUCGGCGACAUAAGCGGUGGUUGCAGAUGCGGUGUGGGCGGCGUCAAAUGCCACCCGACGUGCACGACUUGCCACUAGCUUCAAAAAAGUCGGCGAAGCGGUGCUGCGCAGCAGAAGGUUCGAUCCCUGUCGAUAUCCUGGUUGAACAGUAACAUUAAGAAAACUCACCAGUAAACGAACACAUAGGUUCACGUGUUUUUUUACUUGGAAAAUGUGUGCUUGUAGAUAAAAAAAAAACCGUGUAAUAGUGUGCUGGCUACAAAUUUUGUAUAAGGCGACCGAGAGAAAAAAAAAAGUGUUGUUGGAGUUCGCGAGAAGAGAUUUCUUUCAUUUGGCAGGAACUAAUAAAUUUCUAGUGUUCACCUAAUGCUAUA